CAGUCAACAACAACCCGCAGCAAGGACCGAAGGAUCGCCCGAUGAACCUGCUCCAGGGCAAGACGAACCAGUACCUACGGGAUGCGAUCCUCGAGAACCACGUCGACAAGGCGCGCCGGUACCUCACGCUCAAGAUUGGCAAGGCCGACGUCGAGGCCACGACCGAGAGCGGGGGCUUCUCGAUGCUGCACUGCGCCGCCGUUAUGGGCUCGACGCCCAUGGUCAUGAUGCUUCUGCAGCUCAAUGCAAGCAUCUGGACGCUUACCGACGACGGCUACUCGGCGCUUGACUUGGCGAUCUGGAAGGGCCACACACAGAUCAUUGACAUUCUGCGCUCCCAAGGGGCGAUCGCACCCAUGAAGGAGCCCGAGUCGCUCAACGGCAAGAAGAUCUUGCACCUUGGCCGCGAAGCCACAGUCGUCGAGUACUAUCCGAGCACCGCGAUCAAGACCAAGAGCACGCGCGCCUUGCACUACGCAACGGGCGAGAACUACCUCGUCAACCUCUGGGCCGGCACGGACUACAAGAUCAUUGGUCUGGAAAUGAACCUGGAGCCGCUCAGGCAGCUCAACUACAUUCCCACGGACGUGGGCAUGGACAUGGAGGCCGAGAAGUCGCCGUCGCAUGCGCGUGUUGAGGCCGCCAUGGAGCACAUCCUCGAAGGCCAAGCAUUCUUUGACGAAGACACAGACGACGACGACGACGAAGACGACACGCUGUCGUCGGGUCCGCGCCGCCCGUCGGCUGCCGAGCUCCGCGAAAUGAACGACGACGACGACGACGACGACGACGACUCGGACUCGGACGACGACGUGGUUGUCGAAAAGACCGUCGAGGUCACCGUGCCGCCGGGACCCCUCGGUGUGCUUCUCGAUAGCGGCAUCUCCGAGUGCGCGGUUGUUCAGGGCUUUACCGCGCUGCCAUCGGGUAUCAAGGGCACGAUCGAAGCCAGCGGCCUUGUGACCCCCGGCAUGUACAUGAUUGGCAUCAACGAAGUCAACGCGUCGCUCAUGUCUCUCCAGCAAGUGAUCCAGCUCCUCGGCAAGCUCGCGCGCAAGGACAAGGUCAUUCGCUUUGCUGUCUUCCGCCCCAAGCCCGCGCCCAAGCCGACACCCGCCCACAAGCCGCGCCCGGUGACCCCGCCGUCGCCGGUCGCUCGACCCGCGCCACCGUCGCCCGGCUCGCGUCCCUCGGCGGCGCCGACAGCCACGUCGAUGGCCAGCCUCGUGGGCAUGCUGCGCACAGGCGGCGAGAGUCGCCGGACGUCACUGGCGCCCGCGCCAAUCGCCAUCAAGCUGCAGUCGCCACCAGAGGCCGAGUGCGUGCACUGCGGUGUCCCCGAGUCGGUGCACACGUCAGACGCAUGCCCGUACAAACCGUAACAAGGCCGUCGUGGUUUUUUGUAUCGAC